GGAGGGCGCUUCCGCCUGGGUUUCCGGUGCGAUCGGGCGGCAGGGCCAGGCGCCGAGGGCGGAUUCGUAGCCGCCGGAGUCGCCGUCGGAACCGGUGCGAUGAAGCCGGGCCCAAAGAAGCUGGGCGUCAACGGCUGCAGCAGCCUCAGCAAGCACGGCCAGACCGGCGGCCUGAAGAACGGCUACGUGCGAGGCGCCGGCGACGCCCACAGCCAGAUUCAUCAUAUUACCCACAAUGGAGCCAUGUAUAAAAGACCCUUCCUUGAAGAUUUUGAAGAAACUCCAAUGCUGGUUGCAGUGCUGACUUAUGUAGGCUAUGGUGUUCUCACCCUUUUUGGAUAUCUUCGAGACUUUUUGCGGUACUGGAAAAUUGAGAAAUGUCGUAAUACAACAGAGAGAGAAGAGCAAUUGGAUUUUGUCCCUUUGUACCAGGAUUUUGAGAACUUCUAUAACAGAAAUUUAUAUGUGCGCAUUAGAGAUAGCUGGAACAGACCGCUCUGUAGUGCUCCAGGACCCAAGGUAGACGUGCUGGAGCGAGUUUCCCAUGACUACAACUGGACUUUCAAGUAUACAGGGAAAAUGAUAAAAAAUGUAAUUAACAUGGGGUCCUACAACUAUCUUGGAUAUGGACAGAACACUGGACCUGUCAACGAUGCGGCAGCUGAAGUUCUGUCACAAUACGGAGCUGGAGUAUGCAGCACAAGGCAAGAGAUGGGGAACUUGGACAAACACGAGGAGCUGGAAAGAUUGGUAGCCAGAUUCCUUGGUGUAGAGUCUGCAAUGGCAUAUGGAAUGGGAUUUGCAACCAACUCAAUGAACAUUCCUGCUCUGGUUGGCAAGGGCUGCUUAAUACUGAGUGAUGAGUUGAACCAUGCAUCUCUUGUAUUAGGAGCAAGGCUUUCAGGAGCAACUAUCAGAAUCUUCAAACAUAAUAAUAUGCAGAGCCUGGAGAAGCUGCUCAAAGAUGCCAUUGUAUAUGGACAGCCUCGCACACACAGGCCUUGGAAAAAAAUUCUCAUUCUUGUUGAAGGUAUAUUCAGCAUGGAGGGAUCCAUCGUCCGUCUACCAGAAGUUAUUGCACUUAAGAAAAAGUACAAGUCAUACCUGUAUCUGGAUGAAGCUCAUAGUAUAGGAGCGCUGGGUCCCACUGGCCGGGGUGCAGUGGAUUACUUUGGACUUAAUCCGGAGGAUGUGGACGUUAUGAUGGGGACAUUCACCAAGAGUUUUGGAAGUGCUGGAGGAUACAUUGGAGGCAAGAAGGAGCUGAUUGAUUACCUUCGUGUCCACUCUCAUAGUGCAGUUUAUGCUACAUCACCGUCUCCUCCGGUUGUACAGCAGAUCAUCACAUCAAUGAAAUGCAUUAUGGGUGAAGAUGGCACAACAAUUGGCAAGCAGAGGAUACAGCAACUGUCUGCCAACACCAAGUAUUUUCGGAAGCAGCUUAAGAAUAUGGGCUUCAUCAUCUAUGGAAAUGAAGACUCUCCUGUUAUACCUUUGAUGCUAUAUAUGCCUGCAAAAAUUGCAGCAUUUGGGCGAGAGAUGUUGAAAAGGAAUGUAGCGGUUGUUGUUGUAGGUUUCCCUGCCACUCCUAUAAUUGAAUCCAGAGCCAGAUUUUGUUUAUCGGCAGCACAUACCAGAGAGAUGCUUGACACUGCUUUAAAGGAAAUUGAUGAAAUCGGAGACCUCUUGCAAAUAAAAUAUUCCCGUCACCAGUUGGUACCUCUCCUUGACCGGCCUUUCGAUGAGACCACAUAUGAAGAGACAGAAGACUGAGUUCUCCCUCUGUGUCCUGUGGGGUUUGCUCCUCUAUAACAAGACUCUUGUAUGGUUCUGAGGCCAAGGUUCUUGAACCAAGCACUCACUUACUGCUUUAGCAUAUAAACAGAGACUUUAUACUUGCACAACUGAAGUAGUUACAGGAGCUCUAAAUUGUGUUUUGUACGUGGCAAAGCAAAAUCUGGCUUUUAUUCCUAUCGCUUCAUCGUCUUGCCAUUGGAAGAUGCAUGGCUCUGACAUGCUGCUUCCUUAAAUUUUUUUUGUCACAGUGACAUCACAGUGCCCAUAGUUGGCAGUGGGCAUGUUACCUGUCAUGCUGCCAUGUGGACACUGUGAGCUACAGUACUUCUGUCACAACAUUUCCAGAUUCAUACCUAAAGUCUCACCACCUUGGGAGUGCAAGACCUUUCAUUUUCAGUCAGAGCUUCUGAGGAGAUUGUUGGCUGCUAAUUUAAAUGUAUUUAACAAGAAAUAAUCAACCAAAGUAUAUUCUUUUUUUGCAUUUGCUUGAUUUAAAGCUUAGCACACUUUUUAAUUUCCUGUUAAGUGGUGGCUAGUUUGCCAUUUUCAGGACUGUUGUUCAGUUCCUCAAGGAACAAGCAGGGGGACCUUCUGGGACCUUUUCGGUCUAAGUACCAAUCUUUCCUCUAAGGUAAGUGGCAAAAUUAUCCCUGAAGUAGACAGUCCUCAUGGGCAUUUGUACAAGUAAUCCAGCUUCAGGAUGUACCUGCUGCCAGAUUUGAAUUUUGCUUUUUUAAUUGUCUUUGGUUGGAAACCUCUUGCAAAUGAGAGGAAAAUCACGACAUCGUUAUAUUGUCCAUCAGAAGGAGGAAAUCAUACUCUGGAACUCUUCAGGUGCCUUAUUUUUUCCACUCAAUUUCCUAAAAGGGUUUUUUUUAAAUGCCCACAUGGCUAAAUUGAGCUAUUGUACCAAGAACACUAACCACAUGGUACAGUGGUAUUUCAUGCCUCUGCUCCUUCCUGUCUUUGCUGGGACCACAGAAGUAGGCAGCAUCAGUUAAAUCUGCUCUCCACACAGAUAAGCAUUUGCCCUACAAUUUGAUAUCAGGCUGCUUUUGAGACGGACACAUCAAGUGCAGUUAACAGAACUCCAGCCUUUAAAACUGGGCAGGUAGAAGCUCUUGCAAUGGUCUUGGGAUUCUUCAUGCAAGUGGAGGCAGCCUUCUGAAAUUAGGCCGAAUUGUAAGAAUGUAGUGGUUUAGACACAGUCUUUCUCUAGUUGGAUCUGGAAAAAAAUCUGUUAAGAGAACUUUCUUCUGUUUCGUCCCUGCUUUUUCUACUUUCAAAAGAAAUCAGUCCUGUGGAGCCCUUGAAAGUGAAAAGAUGGGCAUGAGUCACUUUUUAGAAAAUGAUCACACUGGAGAAUUUGAUUCUCAGUAGCAAAUUAAAGCGAGAAUUGAUGUAGAAAAAAGUGGCAAUUACAGGUAUUAAAAAUGGCCACAGCUAAGUGUCCUCAAGGGUACUCAGUUUAUGAUGGCUGUAUUCUCGUUAUUUGCUGGAGAUCAUAUAGAAUGUGUAGAUAGGACAAGGUGCAGUUACGUUAUUUUGCACAUGCACUGUGAAGGCACGCUGUCAGUGUUCUUUAAUACCAGAAUUCGUUGACUUUUUAUACAUAACAAACCUCACUCUUUCUCUGUCUGACUUCUCUCAAAGGAUUACAUUUGAGCAGCUCAAGAUUCACGGGACUGCUUAAUGAGCCUCUGCCUCAGAAUUAUUAGUCUCUGUUUUCUAUUUCUGUGUAGCAAGAACUUCAGUAAGUUCAGCAUAAGGAUUCCUGAGGGGUGAAUCAGAAUUCAGAAAUACUGAUAGUAGACUGUGGGAUGGGUCACAACAGUGGUUCAUGUUGCAUGGUAUAUCACUGCCAGCAAGCACACUCAUCCAGUUAGAGGGUCAGAUAUGCUGGACAUCUUGAAACUUAACAGGGUGAUGGGAGCAGGGGCUUGCAUGCUGUUUCUACUGAGUCAUGUGGCCCUUAUGCAUCAAAAGCCAAAUGCAGAAGAAGAAGGAAGCAAUAAAAACAGUAUUUAAUUUUUCAUUUCACCUAAGUUCUGGGUAUUCUUUGAUUAACUAGAAUUGGUCUUUCUGGAAUUUUUGUCUUUCCAUCAGAUUUUAGCAGCAUUGUUUUUGAGGACCUGCCACCAGCUCAAACCUGUGUUCAUCCCAGAUCAAAACACUGACCAUACUGACAACACUCCGCUUUUCUCUGUCUUUAGCUUGCUUGAGGACAGUGCUAACUGUUGCAGCAAAUCUUCUGAGUUACACCGGUAUUUUCUGAAGUCCUAAAGUAUGGAAGUAAACUAUACAGAUGCCACUGUUUCCUAUAAUAUCAUAACACUCCCCUGAUCUGGGCCAGACUCUUCAUAGAACUAGAAUGUAAACAGCAGGUAUUCUCAAAAUUCUUUCCUUUGAGAGAAUUAAACUGGUUAGCUGUAGGCUUUACUGGUUUAUCCUUUACAGUUUGGGUAAAGACUGGAAAUUCAGUGCUAAAAAGUUCUCGCCAAAAAUAAAAUUCAUGCUAUGUGUCCUAGCAGUAGAGCUGUGCACAUGUUUUUACACACACAUACGCGUGCACACAGUCAAGUUCACUAAGAAAUAGCUGUAAAGGCAUGUCUUACAAGUGAUUGACAUUUUUAUGGACUUUGUAUAAAGUUGAGUACCAAAUUUUGGCUGUUCUUGAACCUCGUUUUCAUUUAUUGCAUCACCCAUGAUUUUAUUUGUAGAAGUGCUUCUGUAAAAUCUGUAAGAAUAGGGAAAUAUAACCAGAUGGAUGAUGGCAGGUGGUAUGUUUUGAGAAUUCAGGUCUGAUUAAAAAAUAAAAACCUUAAUAGUCCUGUUCAGAGAAAUGUGGAAAGUCAGGUAAGCAAUGGAAGAGGUGUUGUCAGCACGUCUAUCAUAUGGCCUGAUAUUGCCCAACAAAUGUGAAGUUUUAUGUGUUUGGGGAGGUGACCUUUAAGUGGGGGCAGCAAGAAGCAGGAAAGACCGGGUGGCAAAUGAGACUGCAGGACUUCCACCCCCACCCCCCCUUCCAUGUCUCGCUUGGUAGGAAGGACACAGUGGCUUGGAUCCAAAGGAUCUUUCAAGAUCAUAGAUCUUUCAAGAAUUACAUGGGUCUGAUGUGUGGUGGUGUGAAGUGGGGACUAAUAAAAAUCUCCCCUCCCCCACUAAUAGAAGUAUCCACCUGCUAAUGAAAGAUUGCUGUGGUUUACAGUCCAGUAUAUUUUAUUGGGGGGGGGGGGAGGGAUACGUAUAUCAAAGUAUACCAUAGGAAUCAAAUAUUUGACACAAGACGUGCAAAAGUCACCUCCACAGCUCUAGUUCUUCUCUUCCCCCACCCCAAUAUUUCAAACAUACAUUUAAUUCCAAAAUAGUUUUAAGAUGCUUUGAAGAAACUUGCUGUGGUUCUCAAGCUAUCAACAUAAUGUAAUGUGGAAAGGAUUGGCUUCUAGGAACAAAAAACCCAACUUCCCUGGCUUUACAUUGUGCCUGUUGAUCACUCACGAAGAACAGCAAGUGAAAUUCUGUGUGAUAUGCUUCAUUGGGAUAAAAGCAGAAAUGAAUAUUUCAAAAGACUAACACUACUAAGUGCACCUGAUACUAAACGAGGACAGUGAGUGUUGUAACUCUUUUAUUACUAUCUCUGCCCCCCCCCCCCUUUAUUGUUUUUGCAUUAAUGCAUGAGUUGCUGGAUUUGGAGUAAUUGGAAUUUCUUCUAUGAACUCUACCUAAACCAAGUUUCCAAAAUACCUGCAUCAGCUGAAAUGAUUGCAUAGGUGGAAAAGCCAGGGAGAGCGAGGAAACAUUAUUUGCUAUGUGGACCUGAUCUCUGAAGUCUCUGUAUGUUCAUUUUUGAAGUCAGGUUGUGUUUCGUUCUCCCCCACCUCACUCCCAUUCCUGAGGACAAAUGCAAUGGGCAGGAAGGGUCCAAUUGAGCACACUAGUCCAAAGACCGUAUAUUGAUGUACAGCAAUAAGUGUAUCUUUGGAAGCUGGGCAACUAAAUACCUGUUCAUGCUAAACAUGGUCAUAGUCCUCUUUUUCAUACGUUGCUGUGCUGCUGCUCUGUACAGAAACCUGAUAAGAUGUCCUAGGACCAGAGCUUGAAAUGUGAGGGACCCUCAUCCAAACAGAGGAUGCUAUUCUCAGCACUGUCUAAGGGUUGAUUUUCAGUUGCCUCUUUGCAUUCUAGUAUGGAUUCCAGUAUAUGUGUAACGUAGCCCUUGUAUUUUUCAGAUGUGCACAGGCUUUUUGGGGGGUUGGGUGGGUGAUGAUUUCUUUUAAAGUGUACAUGAUUGCUUAAGGCUCAGACUUUGCUGACAAUAUUUUAAAGGCUCAAAUUCUGAGAGAUGUUCAGAUUUCAUAUCUGGUAUGGGCAUGCAUCCUAGAGUACAAAAAGUAAAGCGAGAACUGGUCCAGAAGUUCUUUGUGGUGGUGCUUGUGUGUGUGUGGAAGCAAUAUUAUGUUUGUGUCCUGAAAAGUAGGUGAGAAUACUGCAAAGAACACUACUAUUUUUUUUAAAAGCCUUAAUUGCUGUGUUCUUGGCAAGAUUUAAACUCACUGUUAGAAUAGAAAUUAUUUGCAAAUAUGAUGUGCUUUAACCUUCUAUGCUAACUGAGUCUGUUCAUAUGGUCAGUAGAGGCAGAUCUAUCAAGCUUAAAAUGGUGAAGGAUGACAGCUAACUAUUGUGCAGGUCUCAAGGCUUGAAAGUUCUCUCCCUACCUUUCCCCCACAAACUCUUGAAGCAAGUAGAUUUUACACUGUCUCUCACGGUGAAUAUAUUACAAAAACGCACCAGAUGAUAGUUGAAUACAUGUCUGAUGAAGGAGUUUGUUCUCCAGCUUCUGACCAAAUGGCAUGAAUGUUGUUCUCUCUUUCAUCUCAUGGAUGAAAAUAAUUCCUCCUGAUCAGAUUGACAUGAUGAAUACUAUCUUGGGCUAAAUUGUCAUGAUGAACUAUAUGUGGGAACUGGAUCUUAGCUUGCUAACUUGCAUUCUGGCUGGUCACCCUGAGUGCUUUCCAUGUGAACUUGACCCUCUUGAUGUGAUGCUGUGGUGAUCUUGGAGUUGCUUUGCUGCUUAGGACUUAAGAGCCAUUCCUAGUUAACUAGUUGAUAUGCUCAACAACUCAUAGACAAAAUGAGGAAAAUAAGAUUUUUAUGCAGGCAGCUAUGGCAGCUAGCACAUUACCUAAUCAUCUGCAGGUAGAUAUUUCUAGGCGGCUGGGAUACGCCAACAGGUGUCAGUUUACCAAAACAAUGUCCAAAAACAUAAGUGCACUGAAAUAAGCAAGACUUGUCUGUUGCCAUUUGCCAAAUCAUGCCUGCUUGGCCAGUAUUUUUAGCCAUCCCGUUAAAUAAAACCACCUCUGCUGCUUUUACAGGCAGUUGCAGAGGGGAGAAAUGAUUUGGGAAGAAAACCCAAAUAAUGAGAACAAAUAUAUGGAGCCUGAGGCUUUAGGCCAUCAGCCCCAAAGCUAAUGGUGGCCCAUAUAUUUGAUAGUCCUCAUGCAGACUUGCUCUCUAAGUUGCAACUUGUCUUAAAUGUCACUGUGCUCUGAUGCUUCUGUGUUGCUAAUAAUGUACAUAUAUCCUAGAUUUUUGUAGGUACUAAACAUUUUAAAUGAAAUUUUUAAUUAUCUUCCCCAGAACGUUUUCUUCCAGAAUUACCACUUUUUUACAUCUUCAGCAACUAACACAGAGUUGGGUAUCAUUUGGAAAAGGGUGUGGAACAGCAGGAACUAUAUUAGCUUUUGAGAAAGUAAUAAUGCACGUUCAGCUGAGAGAGACCGCUUGACAAAAAGAAAUCUAAUUAUGUUCUGCUUAAUAAAAGACUUCCAAAUAAAA